GCAGCAGACUGAGACAUCCACCCUGCAAGAAGGAACGCUAUCACAGGUCCUUCAUUCCAUCUGUUGUAAGACUGAACAACAUCAGCAUCACUGGCUGAUGUUAACAUAAACUGGACUUACAUCAUAUCAUCUUAAAUCAUGAACAUGAGCGCCCUCUGCUGGACUCCACUCCAGGAUCUGUGCUGUCUGGAUGUAAAUCAGCUGAAGAAAUCCAUCCAUUCAUUUCCUUCCGCUUCUUCCGCUUCCCCAGCCCCGGAUAAGCUGAAAAAAGUCAUUUAAUUUCAAGGUUGUAUUACUUUCACUUUUCUUUGUACAUAUUGAACUUUACUGUAUUCCAAACAUACACUGUAAAAUAUGAAAGCUUCAAAGGACUUUUUUGUUGAAUGAUUGACUGACUAUAUUCAAAUCAGGAAAAAAUAAUCAUUAUUUUACAGAUAUUUGCAGUUCUCUGUAUCUCACACUAACUAGUACAUAAUGUCUACAUCAAAAUCUGUGUUUUUUAAGUUAUUUGUUCUUUUACAACACGUGACCAUAACUUACACAGUUUUACUAUAUUUACAUCAGCAAAACAAAAAAUGUAAAAUAUUUGACUGAUAUUUGCAGUUUUUUAACAUUACACCAUGUUUUUUUUUACCAUAUUUAUGUAUUUCAAUUGAUCUAUUUCUAAUCAAAUAAUUAUUCCUCAAACCUCUUUAAACUGAUGGUUUUAAAAUUAACAAUUAGAACAUGUUUUAAAGACAAACGUCUACAAGUAAUUGUGAUGAAAUGCUCCAAAACGUACGUAUCGGUUAUGUUCCACAUAUUUCACUUUUAAUUUGAGAAUAUUUUAACCCAUUAAAUUUCACAUGUGCUGAAGCACUUGUACCUGUGACCACAUGUGUUUCUGCACUUUUAAAAUUCAUGUAAUUAUUUUUUUGUGAGGAAAACCAAUCCAUGAAAAUAAUAUUUCAAUCUUAAAGGGCUGUUUUAUUACCUCUCAGCCAGUCUUAAGUCUUUCCUAUUAGUACUUACAUCUAUCUAUCUAUCUAUCGAUCGAUUGAUCGAUCGAUAGAUAGAUAUAAUACAGUUGUAGAUAUUUGUGUCACCUGAAGUUCUGUGUACAGUAUGAUAUAUUUAUAAACUUGCACUUAUAUACAUUUAAAUAUAUUUAAAAUUUCCUUGCAUUCAAACACAAAAAACACGGUCGAUUUAACUGACAUAUAUUGAUUUAUUGAUUUACAUGUUCAACAAACAAACAGGUCAAAACGGUACAUGUUCACAUUUUUAAAAGUAUUUUUAGAACUAUUCAUUCAUUCUUUUUUACUGUAUUUUAAUUAGUUCACGUAUCUGCCCCUUCUAACAACUCUUGUAGUAUCUGACUGUUUUUAAAUGUUUUGUUUUCCAGCCAGAUCGUCACUUUGAACCGAACACACAACUUUGUUCUUAUAAAAAACUAAACAUAAAAUCGUGUAAAGUGACAUUUUUCCCCCACAAAUCUCAGCUCACAUGUUGUUUUGAUCCACACUCACUGAUGCUUUAUUUGACCUCCGUCUCGUCAGGUUGACAGAAAUGUUGGACACAGAAAUGAUUCUUGUUUGGAGCUGAUCUGCAGCUGAUGGAGCAGACUGGUUGAGUCCAUCUUAUGGUGAUAUUCAGGGAGUCUGAGGCGGAUCAGACUCAUCUGGACCGGACCUUCAGCUGUGAGGAUCUCAGAGUUCCGUUAGUUGGAGUGAACCAGCAGCUGAUGGACCACGUUGGAUCCAUCAGAGGAGUUCUUCUGUUUCCAGCUUCCUAUUAAAGCUGCAGAGCGGAGCCGCCGGCGCAUAGCAACGGCUCCUGGGAUGCGCGCGCCGCUUGUGGGCGGGGCCAAUGGAACGCCGUGCACCUUUGCCUUCAUCAUUGUGACGUGACGUGACGCUCACGUCACUGUCGACGGAUUCCAGUUCUUAAAUAGGGCUGCAGCAGCCAGUUUCCACAGUUCAUCUGCAGACAGACGGCGAGAGGAAAGCGACCCAGUUCACAAAAGUCUCCAAGAGAAGCACAAACAGCAGCUAUGGAAACCAGAAGAUGCUUCCAGAAAGCACCGAUCAGCGAGGGCACUGUUCGUCCAAACUGUUCAGCCACAGACCCUCAGGACGUGAUGAACGUCCAAACUCAGACUUCCAGCUUGAAGGACACGCUCAGAAUUUCUCUGAGUGUUGAACUCAAAGCUGAAGAAAAGUCCAAAUUUAGUGUCGACCUUCAGGAGGUGGAAUCAUUCCACAAUGAAGGAGACAUAGAACUUCUGGAUGUGGAAUCAGUCCACAGUGACGAAGACAUGGACCCUCAGGAGGUGAAAUCAGUCCACACUCUGAAGGAUGAAAAAGAAGAAGAAGACGGGGAUCUUCAGGAGGUGGAAAGAAUCUACACUCCCAUAUAUAUAAUGAGUGAGACACUCGACAGCGUCCAGAAGGAUGAAAAAACCCCAAAAAGUCAGAAGUCAAGAGAAAAGUUUAAACUUCGUGUCGACGUAGUUGUCGAUUCGCUGCUUCUUUACAUCUUCAAAGAAGCUAGAUACGGCAGAGAAUCAGAACACUUUGACACUGUGUCUGAGCGGCUCUUCAAGAGAGUCUGGGCUGAAGUCCAGGAUGAAGACUAUGAUCUGUCCAAACGCAACUUUAAAAAACUCAACAAGGGCAUUUACAAGAAGAUCUGCAAAAGGUUGCAAACCAAAGAUCCAAAGCUUCUUGUGAACCUCUUGUUGUGGGACUGCGCGGAUGACACAGUCGACUCCAUUAUCAAGGAAGCCCUGAUGAACCCACCAAAGAAGUCUUCCAUAAGAUCCAGAAUGACUGGAAUCUUCAAGAGAUUCUCUGGUACUUCCUGAGUCCACACUCUGAAGGAUGAAAAAAGACGAAGAGGCCCUGAUGAGCCCACCAAAAUAUCCAUGUUAUCUGGUACCUUCAGAUAACUCCUGCACAGGGAGAACAUGCAAGCUGCAUGCAGGGGGAUCCUGGGAAUUAUUAUUCAUAUUAUUAUUUUUAUAUAAUAAGUAUUAUGAUUUUUGUAUAAUAAGUAUUGUUAUUUUUAUAUAAGAAGUAUUAUUUUUAAUAGAUAAUUAUAAUAAUGCUUCUAACAGCAAAACAGGAUAAAAUCAUAUUUUUAUACAUACAUAUUGAACAUCUGUUCAACAAAAAAUAAUAUUACAAGAAACUUAUAAAUAUUCAAAUAAAGAUGAAAAAAACUUCA